UCUCUACCCCCUCCUUUUCUCUCUGCCUUUGCGUUGUUUCCUUUGUCUCUUUGUUUCUCUCUCCUUCCACUUGUGCUCUCCCCCUCUCUCUCUCUCUCUAGAGAUCUAAGGUUAGCGGAAACUUAGCAGCUAAGCCUCGGCCUGAAUCCGAAUCCAGGGCCUUUUCGAGAAAACGAUUGGGUGAUUUGAAUUUUUUUUUUCCUUGGUUGUAAUUGGAGCGCUUUCGACAAUGAAUGAGGCGAGAUUGAGCUUCUUAUCAGCAGCUGUGUUCGGUCUGGUGGCGAUUUUCGCCGUGUCAUUCUGUGAGGGAUUUACUAACGAACAAGACGUGCAUGCUAUAAAUAUCUUAUAUGCUGCUUUGGGAACCCCAUUGCUUCCUGGAUGGGUACAAAGCGGAGGAGAUCCUUGCUUGGAGGCCUGGCAAGGGGUGCAAUGUACUGAAUCAAAUAUAACUGCAAUAACUAUCAAUGGUGCAAACCUGGGAGGAGAAUUGGGUGAUGCAUUGGGGAAUUUUACUUCAAUAACCACAAUAGAUCUUAGCAAUAAUAACAUUGGUGGAACUAUCCCGGAGAAUCUUCCUCUUACACUGAAGACAUUUUUUCUCUCGGCUAACCAAUUGACAGGAAGCAUCCCAAGUUCUCUGUCCAAGCUAACACUUCUGUCAGACAUGUCAGUGAACGUUAAUCAUUUAAGUGGUGAUUUGCCAGAUGCUUUCCAGUCUCUCACUGGUCUAAUAAACUUUGAUCUGUCUUCUAACAAUUUGAGCGGCCAGCUUCCACCAUCCAUGGAGAACUUGUCAUCUUUGACUACCUUGCACAUACAAAAUAAUCAGUUCUCUGGGACACUUGAUGUUUUGCAAGACCUUCCCAUUAAAGAUUUGAAUAUAGAAAAUAAUCUAUUUUCUGGACCUAUACCAGAGAAGCUGAUGAGCAUUCCAAAUUUCAAAAAGGAUGGGAACCCAUUUAACAGUACUAACAGUACUGGUAUUGCUCCGUCACCAGUGCCAAGAGUGCCACCAUCAGGAUUACCACCGCCAUUUUUCCCAAGAGCUUCUCCUCCUAAAUCUGCAUCAUCAAACUCUUCGCAGGCACCACCCUCUCAGAAGAGCCAUAAUGGAAAAAAUGGAACUUUAUCCACAAUAAAAAUCUUUGCGUUUGUUCUAGUUGGGGUGAUAUCUCUAAUCGUUAUAGUGCUAACGGUUAUCUUUUGUAUAUCAAAAUACCAAGAAAAAAAAUCGAGACAUCCAGAAACUUCUACGAGGACAGAGGUAAUUUCACGCGAAAGGCCCAAGGAACCUAGAAGCUAUGAGCGCCCCACAAAGCCAAAUACAAAUGUCAAUAAAGUUCAGAACGCAUCUGAGGAACAGAAUAAUGAACACAAAAUUGAUAUGGGAGGUGCAGCAGUUCCAGUGGUAGUCCCCGAGAAUAAGAAAAAGGACCAUUUGAUAGAUAGGAGAGACUCAGAAAUACUUCAAGUGCCCCCUCGUCCCCCUGAGAAGAAGAAGGAACAUUUUAUUGACAGGACAGAUUCAGAAAUACUUUCGAUACCCCCUCCCCCUCCACCUCCACCUCUGGUUGAGAAGGUCAUUGUAAACCGCAUUCCCCCUUCAGAACCAAUUACGCUAACAGCUUCUCCUGCAACUGCAAACACCCUGCCAUCUGUGGCCUCCUAUUCUGUUGCAUCCCUUCAGCAAUAUACAAAUAGUUUCAGUGAAGAAAACUUGAUCAGAGAUGGUAGAUUGGGCAAAGUAUUUCUGGCCGAGCUUCCCGAUGGAAAGCUAUUGACAGUUAUGAAGCUUGAUAAUGUAAACUCAAAAAUAUCAGUAGAUGAAUUUCUGGAGCUGGUCUUGAGCAUCUCUGAACUGAGACAUCCUAACAUUGUCGAGCUUGUGGGUUAUUGUGCGGAAUUUGGGCAGCGGUUACUUGUCUAUAACUUCUUCAGUAGAAAAACUUUACAUGAUGUUCUCCACUAUGAAGAUGAUCUUAGGGAAAAGCUGUCAUGGAAUGCUCGUCUUCAAGUAGCCCUUGGUGCAGCAAGAGCUUUAGAGUAUCUCCAUGAGGUCUGUCAACCCCCUACUGUACAUCAGGAAUUUGGGCCCAAUAAUAUUCUUAUUAACGAUAAGUUUACAGUACGUGUUUCUGAUUGUGGCCUGGCUCCAUUGUUGUCAUCCAGUUCUGUGACUCAGUUGUCAGGGCGAAUGCGCGCAUUAUUUAGUUAUGAAGCUCCAGAGUUUAAUGAGUCUGGGUCUUACAGUGAUCGGAGUGAUGUUUACAGCUUUGGUGUUGUCAUGUUAGAACUCCUUACAGGGCGCGAACCCUAUGACAGUUCACGUCCUCGGGCAGAGCAACAUCUAGUGAGAUGGGCUAGUUCUCAACUACACGACAUUAACAACUUAUCUAGAAUGGUGGACCCUCAAAUUGGUGGGAAAUGCCCCAAGAAAUCAUUGUCACAGUUUGCAGACAUUAUUAGCCGCUGUAUUCAGCACGGGCCCGAGUUCAGGCCACCUAUAUCAGAGGUUGUCCAAGACCUUAAUCAAAUGGUGGAGGACAGCAAGAGGGUGGUAGCAGAAGCUUCCAAUGUCAAGUCUCAACGAACAAGACAAGAAAGAAGAGAUCGAGAUUCCGAUUAAUGGUUGCACAUAUGUGAGUUUGCGAGAGAAUUAUCAGGCAUUUUCCUAAUGCUUUCCCUCCUUCGCUAACAAAUCUCUGACAGUUGGCAGAAAAAGGUCUUGCUCUGGUGCUACUAAUUGUCGAGGCAGAUCCCCGCGCUGUAUAAGCUUACAGGAGUAGAAAGCUCAUUUGUUUAGUUGUAUCAAUUAGUUUUAAUUAAUCCAUUCAAUUUGAUUGACGGUGUUUUGUUUUUAUGUUCCGUCUGGGGGCUCCUUAAAUUUUGUAUGUAUCAAUUCUUUCUUGGUACCCGGAGCGCGUAUGUUAGAGCAAUCCAUGUCAAUACAAGCAUAAUAAACCCUGUAAAUUGUUUAUCGUUCAUCUCGUGCCCUAAUUUUUCUUUGAUGUGGGACUGAAUUUUAAGGUCACCAAUGUAGGCUGGGCGCCUGCACUUUUUU